ACUUUCGGCGGAUACAUGAAAAAAUACUAAAAAAACGAUUUGAACUAAGAUCAAAAUUUUAAAACAUCGUCUAAAACCACAAAAAUAAUUUAGUUUAUGUUGUCCAAAUUUUCAAUGUCACAAGUAUCUUUCGCACGUGCUUAUUUCGCUAACAAAUGUGAUUCAAUGCAGAGCAUACCACUGCUUAAGAAAAUAGCCAACCGACAACCGACAUUCACAAGGAGAAGGUUAUUCAGAUUUCACGAAAACGAUCCUGUCAUACCUUCAUGGGAGACGUUGAAAUAUGUCGUUUUGAAAGAGAUACGAAGGUUGGACUGGAACAGCGUCCUGUUCGACAUGAUGACCCUCCAACUGUCCAUCCUGGUCGGGGUAUCCUUGCCGAUCGUCAUCUACGUCCUCAGCGCUUGGUCCUUGCUCUUCUCCCUCCAGGAUAACCUCCAAGGACCUCUUUUGGCUGUGUCGGUCCUCGUCUUGGCCACUCUCUCCUACCUCUUCAUCUUACAGUACCUCACCCUUUGGAUACGAGGAAAGCUACUACAGUUUAGUUUCGGAUGAAAAAUAAAUUUUUUUUUCCAGACCAUUAAAUUUUUAUUAAGAUAAGAUUAGUUAUAUUAACGGCAUUUUUUAAAU